GUAAAUGCAAAAUGUUGAUAUAGCGCCCUCUUGUGACUUUCUUUUUCGCUCGUCCUUUUCGUUUCUUUGCAAUCCACAAAAAUGGGAAGUGGCAAGCCAAGGGGACUGCGUACCGCACGUAAGCUGCGCACCCAUCGUCGGGAUCAGCGAUGGAGCGACAAGGGCUACAAGAAGGCUCACUUGGGAACGGCCUUGAAGGCUAACCCCUUCGGUGGAGCCUCUCACGCCAAAGGCAUCGUGCUUGAGAAGAUUGGUGUUGAAGCUAAGCAGCCUAACUCUGCCAUCAGGAAGUGUGUCCGAGUCCAGCUGAUCAAGAACGGCAAGAAGAUCACGGCGUUCGUGCCACGCGACGGUUGCCUCAACUACAUUGAGGAAAACGAUGAGGUGUUGGUGGCUGGAUUUGGUCGUGCUGGCCACGCUGUGGGUGACAUCCCCGGUGUCCGCUUCAAGGUCGUCAAGGUCGCCAACGUUUCCCUCUGGGCACUGUACAAAGAGAAGAAGGAACGACCACGAUCAUAGAAGCCUCCAAAUUGGCUUAUAAAAACCAUCCACACCAAUCCGUCAAUGAGAACUUGUAGAAAUGAACACAGAUACCAUGAUUAACAUUUGUAUGGUUCACCAUAUUAAUAUCUUCAUACGAGACUUGCAUUGUGCUUUGACUAGCUCUCGAUUACUCAUAAGGUUCGGCAAAAGCCCUGUUGUCUUGAGAUCAAAUACUCUUGCAGUUGGUAAGGAUGAUGUUAAUAAAUUGACAAGUGUACAUGUCUAA